AUGGCUCGAUUGAUGUUGUUUCUUUUGCUGAUCGCCCCUUCGAUUCUUACCUCUACCGCUGAAAGUGGACAAAAGGUAAUUCAGUUUAAAAUAUUGCGUUUUCACCAAGACAAUUAUUUUAGCUUAACUCUUCCCAAGUUGAAUGUGAUGGCGUUGAUUUUCGCGCUUAAUAUUUUAUCCUAUGGCGUAUUAUGGGCUAUCGAUGCUUACCCUUUGUUCACACGGAGGUCACAGAGGUCGAAAAUUUGACUGGCGUGGUGUGUACACCAUGGCCGUUGAAAUUCUUGUACGCCAAAGGUGUGGUUGCAUGGAUGAGUGGUUAUUCAGCUGGGAGACGCCAUUUUAGAUUUGCUGAAGUAGGCAGAAAAACCAUCGUAGAAAUUAGAAUUCGACCCGGUUUGUCAUUUUCAUGUGAACAGAGUGAAAAUUUUGAACGGUUCCGCAUGAUGCCGUGAUUUGAACGCUAAAGAACAAUUGUCUGACAGGCACGCAUUACAUUAUGCCUAGGGCUUAUUGAAUAAAAGGGUAAGAAUCUCAUUCACGUGCUUCGAGUAAAGAAACCCGUAUUUAUAUUCCUAUUUACAUAAUAAUAUAUAUAGCGAAGUUACUCAUUUGUCUAUAAUCAGUUAUUAAAUACAUGAAUAACAAAAUGUGGUACCAUUUCUUAUUUUCCAUGUGUUUUCGCAGGCCUUUACAUUCAAGGUAUCCAGAGAUAAGUUCGAAAGGAUCACAGUUGAUGCUGACAAGAACUCAGAGACUUUCUCUUUGCGUCAAGCUUCGUCGGGCAAGAAGGAAGGAGACUAUGUCUACGACUUCAACAAGGUCAAUAACUAACAUAAAAGGUCAAACCAAUCAAAGUAAUCUAAAACUGGGGUCUUUUUUUUUUCGAUUUAUGUUCAAAACUUGAAAUUAUUUUUAAUGCGAUCUAGUCAAACCUUAGUUUCCCUGACUUCUGGUUUUUAUAACGUUAAGAUAAAAGGCUAAUAAUGCGAAUUUAUCACUGUGCAGUUUUGCGAAAACUUCUCUAAAAUGGCCACAAAACACCAUAUUUUUUUUGUUUCUGACAGAACAUAAAGCUCAUCAGCUAGCACCGUAGUUUUGCUUAUAAAGGAAAACACGGUCGGUUCAGAAAUCAUUGCAAGACCAUUUCUCCAAAAACUUUCGAAUCGCUCAAUGUUUGUGUAAAAGGACGAACACUAUAAUAGAAGUGCUAACAGAAAAAAGAGAAUAUAAAGGAUCGAGUUUCUGUAUUUUAAUUAUCCUGUAUAAUAAGUUAUUACUAGAGUUUUCAGUUCAUAAAAUAAGUUGACGGGGGGACGUCUGUACACAGGCUAGUUGACGCCGUUAAAGGCAGAGAUAUAGUUGACCAAGUAACUAAACAACUGAAGAAAAAUAAGAAGCUUAUUAAUAAUAGACUGUCACUUUUGUUAAGUUAGUUUGUUGGGUAAAGGGUAACUUUGAUAAAAUUUCUUAUUAGACAAUCGCAUUUUUUUUCACUAAUCUUUUGUUUCUAUUGAUCCUCGCUUUGUAUUUGCUUGACUUUACUGCAGAACUUGACGAUGAUUCGAUUGCCAGAAGCAAACGCCUGCUUUUUAAGUUACUCCAUCGGAAACGUUCCUCGACCUGCUGACUUGCUGAAACUUCUUCAAUUGGUACGUGUCUGAUGAUGUAUAACUGAACGAGAUUAAAAUUAGCGUCAGGCUAAUUUUGAAUGUAAGAGUUUGUAACUUAAGUUUCAUGGUUACAUACAGCAAUUGAUAUUGGAAAUAAGACUUUAUAGAGGCCAGUUGGGCCUGUAUCCAUACGAAUGAUUAAGGAGAAUAGGGCGGGCCACAUAACGGUUAUUCGAUUUGUUGGAAAAACACUGAUUACAGACAAUUAAGCAGCACGAACGUCUCUCGCCAAUUAAUCAUAACUUAACAAAAAAGACAUGCUGGUUGAUCCAAAACACAGGAGUUUAGUUUUAACGUCUUUUUUGUUGUUGUUGUUGUUUUUUUUUUAAUAAGAAAACAAGAUUGGAAUUUUGCUGAUCCUUGCGACUUAUUGAUAAUUCCACUCGUAUUUAUUCAUUUUUCACACUGGUUUACACGACUCAUAGGUGCAGAAGAGUGCAGAUUCUAAAGUGACCACUACCUCUGAGGAAAAUUUCAAGGUUGUUGGCAAGCUGAGUGACCGUUCGGACUUGAGCGACGAGAUGAAGGAUCUAUGUGCAAAGUUGCCAAUUUACCCAAUCCGGAAGUUGGACGAGAAACAGAAUGACGCUGAUGAAAUGGAAGACCAUGUGCAAGAGUCCGAUGAACUAGAUGCACCAGAAAGGGUGGCUAGAGGUAAUAAAUGUUAA